AUGAAAUCAUUAAUUGAAUUUAUAUUUGAAGCAACCUACAUUGCGUUGACUUACAUUUUGCCGAUAAUCUUUACUGUUCAUACUAUUUACGAAGCAGAUGACUUUUACAAGCACUUUACCAAAGGUUAUAACGAUACAGAGUCAUUGGAAUUUAGAGACUCACAACUGAAUAAUGCAGAGGAUUACCUUAAGCAAUUGGAUGAUGUAAUGUAUUUGCACCUUAAAAUUUGUUCUCUGUCAUUGGCGAAAUGUAUGCCAAGGGUACAAGUUUGCAUAUACUGGUGCGUCUAUUGGUUUACCACCUGCUUUUUGGAUCGCUUUGUAUACCCUGGAACGCUGUAUUAUCUUGACUACGCAGAUAUCAAGAUAGAAAGUGUAGUAUGGAAAUUGGUAAAGAUGUCAAUAACAGUGAUUAUUUUAAUACAUACAUAUGAGCACCCAGCUCAGAGAGAAAGGCCAUUGAGUGAGCGCAACCAUGAUAGAUUGUGGAGUGUUCCUUCUUUAUUAAUGAAGAUCUAUGUCCGUUGUCUUGAGAUUACUUCUUCUGCUCUAGAGUGGUUGAGGGUGGAUUGUACACCUGCAAGAAUAUCGCACUUCAUUGGCAAGGGAAACAACGUUCUUACCCUUGACCAACAUACAUACUUUAAUAGAGGCACGGACCCGAUAAUAAAAGAGGAAAAGCCUAUGCAAGAUAAAACCGUAUUUGUAAUGGACACCCAGAACUCUUAUGAUAUUGUAAGUACCUCUGAGUGUAAUUCCAUCCUAUCUUCUAAUUCUUCUGCUUCAAGCUAUUCUAGUGCUAAUUCAAACACCACAGGACGGUUCAGGAGCGGGCAUACAAGAGACAGCCUUUCCGAAAUUUGCUAA